CACAACUAUAAUACGUGUUUGUGGAACAAUAUAUACUUGUCAUUAAAUGAAGAGUUCCUAAGAUAUUCGCUUAUACCAUGAUCAUGACAUUCCAGGAUAACCGUUCGUGUUCUUAGAUACUUUAUAACAAAUACGACACUGAUACUGCAAACAUGAGCAGUCGAAAGAAAUCAUGCGAGGUGCCACUACAAGACUUUUCCCGGAUACAGUUAAUGUAUCUACCCUCCGCCCUGUCCAAUGGGAAACUAUUCACAGACUACACGUUUCCUCCGGACAAAUCCUCCCUCACAUAUGUAUACAGCGGAGAUGAUCGUUAUGAAAAGAUGAUCUUUAAAAGACCAAAGGACAUUUGCUCAAAUGCUGUGUUAACCGGUGUGGGUGGGGCAUAUGAUUCCCCGUUUCCAUGGAAACAAUGGAAGAAAUGCGGAUGGUUCGAAGCCGCCAUAGCUGUUGUGUCUCUCAAUAUCAAAACCAUGGACAAACUCAUUCCCGGAUACAGGAACUUUGACCAAUCGUUGCAAACAGAUUAUAUCGGAUGUUUCUGCUUCAAGCUGUGGCGGUUCGGAGCCUGGAUUGACCUGGUUGUUGACGACCAUCUGCCAACCCUCGACAACCAUCUCCUCUAUUGUCAGGCCUAUGGAAAUCCGCGGGAGUUCUGGGGACCUCUUGUGGAAAAAGCGUAUGCAAAAUGCAAGAAAACUUACGAAGCCAAUGAGAUGGGACGGACUCUUGAUGCGCUCACUGACCUGACCGGUGGUGUGUGUGAGUUUUAUACCCCCGAUAUCAAUCCGCCGGAAAAUCUCUUCCAUGUGCUUUACAAAUCCGGUGUAAACCGGUCACAGAUCGUCUGCUGGAGAAACGACAAGCUCCUAACACCGACUGGGUUCAAGGACGAAAUAACCAUUGCGGAACAGGAUGAAGUAACGCAGACAAGGCAGGCACCGGCUGUUCGUUUUCUUCACAUUGUCACUGCAGCAACGAAGUUUCCGCUGUCGGAUGGACGGAUGAUCGAGAUGGUUCGGCUCCUGUGUCCUUUUCCCGGCGAACCAGCGUGGAACGGGAGAUUUGCUAUAAGAGACGAGAUUUCCUGGGGCACGGUAAAUGCAGAGUUUCUAGGAAAGUACAAACCUUUGGUGAACAAGGAUCAAAGCGAGUACUGGAUGACUUUGGAAGACUUCAGGUGCAACUUUGGUGGGCUGAUUAUAUGCAGUAGUGAUGUACCGUACACAACAGAUGCUCUGACGACGGACAGAUGCUAUCGCAGAAUGUCGGAGGAGGAGAUCAAAUCGGGUCAAAAGACGAUAUUCUCUGCUAAAGAUCGACGACGCAGCAGUGAAGGAAAACAUAACAGAUCUGUUGGAGACAAUUUCCACAGUUUGCACAGAAACUCACAGCCAUAUGUUGAACGCAAAAAGAAGCAUUCGGCGUACGCAAAACUUGCUUUUACUCGAACCAGUAUUCCAUCUGAACCCGGUAUUACGAAUGACACAGGCAUUCUUGUUCGGGAAAACACAAAAACGGUCAAAGUUGACAAUUCCUCAUUCAACAAGUUGAGGUCUAAACGACAUUCAAAUAAGCAGUCUAAAAGCGAUACGCUUUGUAUGAGCAAACACCAAAGAAAGAAAAGUGCCUUUGCAGAGAGAGCUAAAAGUGCUGAGAUAUCAAAACCAGAUCUACAAGUUUGUGAGCGAGCAAAUAGUGCUGAUGAUAUGCUAAGGACGAACGACAAAGAAGGGGGUAAAGGGAAAGCACAGCUCACGCUUGCCACAGACAAACACGUCGGUAAACUGGGUGCAUCAAAUUGUUCAGCAGACAGACAAAAUCAAAACACCGAAACUGGUGAAUAUUUACGACGUGACUCUGACAAAGUGCCAGCGCUGAGUCAAACCAAGCAUCCCUUGCCAUCUCCAGCUAUAUCAAUGCGUAAAGAAAGUGUAGAUUUUGUUCAAACAAGAUCGGAUAGCCUUGUUUCAAACUCAUCUGCAAUUUCAGACUGUCAUAGCACGUUUUCUGCAUCAGAUAUAACACUGAACAUGCAAAGUGGUCUAUCAAGAGAGAAUUCAUUCAAAAGGCCAAAAAGCGCACCGGGAAAUUUCGUGCGAAGUGCGUCAUCAGGCUCAUUACCAAAUAUGGUAGUGAACAACUUUAUAGCCUCGUCUUCAGACAACUUCCGGUCACAUGGUUCUUGGCGAUACAUAAUUGAAUAUAGAGGCAAAUGGGAAAAGAGUGAAUCUGGAGUCAGCAGUGUCGAUAUGAAGCUCCACUCAAGAAACCCACGAAUUCUUCUCAACAUUCUCCAUCCGGACGCCAUCAACAGGAUUGUCGCCCCUGGUUACCAUGGCAGAAGUCACGUGAUCGUCUCCCUGAUGCAGGACUACCGUCACGGUGCUAAAACUGCCAACAGUCUUCUCAUGCCGAUAGGCUUUUCUAUCUACAAGACGAAGAACCCAAAUAGAGAUGAAAAGAGAGCUUUGGCGAAGUUAUCAUUGGUAGGGGAGGUAACCUCGGAGUCAGAUAACCGAGAAAUUUCUACGCGAUUUGACCUUUCACCCGGGAACUAUUUUGUGGUGCCAUAUUGCCUGUCGGAUAACCAUUCGGGCCAGUUUUAUGUCCGGGCACUUGCUGAAAAAGACCCAGUGGCUGGGAAAACCGGAUGCGAGAUAUCCUAGGCGAAAACUACAGUUUAAGUACGUCAUGAAAUGACGAACUGAAAUUCACUAAAAGUGACAAUUUCAUUUAGUUUUGUUAUUGAUUUAGAAGUAGACUUUUUUGUGUAAAUAUACAUUUUCGUACCAUAUGCAUUUCUGUUUUUGCUUUAGGGUUGUUUUAUUUUAUUCAGUUUGCAACAUU